AUGUUGCUGCACGGGGCCCAAUCUCCCUCCCAUGCGCUGGACUCCCACGCGCUGGAGCCGGAUCAGCAGCACCAGCAACAUCAACCGGCGAGACAGUUACGGCGCAAAAGAAAAGCUGAGUCCCAGGACAACGAACGUCUGUCCAAAAGACUCAGUCUGUUGAAUCUAGAGAAGAAUGGCCAGAAACUUUAUGUCCCGGUGGAGGAGCCGACUCCAUCUUCCGUGUCGCCAAACGCCGCUGUUCCCACAUCCUCGUCGUCAACGGCCUCCACCUCUCCGACCAACCAUCGCCGCCGUCGCCAUUGCAAUCCACCACCUCCGCUAUCACACAAUCAGGAAGUGAUGCAGCUCGACGAUACCAAGCACAAGGUCUACAUCUACAGCAUCGACGACGAGCUCUCAUCCUCCGAGAGCGAGACCGACGACGGCAAACUGGUCUUCCUGCCGGACAUUGAGAAGCACCUGCGCGCUACGCGCAUUCCACCCUCCAUUCUGGCCAACGAUCAGGGCGAACUUGCCGGCAUGCAGGUGAUCUUGUACAACGAACCCACAUCCUUGACCAUUCCACGCGAGCAAGACAGCGUCCGCAAGGCCAUCGUCGAAUCCCGGGCCCGUAUGCGUGAGAGGCAGCGUCUCGAACGAGAGGGCAAAGGCACACCCGCCGUGCAGAUGCCGCCACCUUUCGUCCCUCAGCAACCCGUCGGCGCCCCCAUUCUCGAGUCCCAACAGCCGGUCAGCGCUAGUGUGCCCAGUUUCCUGACCCCGACCGAGGCUUCGGCAUUCGUAGACUACGACCCCGACGCUAUGGACGUGGACUAG